AUGGAGAUCCAUUCGGUACUGCCUGAAGAGCGAGCAAGAGAUCCAAAAGGCGAGACACUGCCCUGGGGAUAUCGUUACGCAGACUCCGCUAGAAAUGCCAGACAACUGCCCGAAGAGAGCGGACCUUUCGGUCGCAAUCGAAGCAUAAGAUCCACAGCGUCGCGGACGCCGCGUGCAAGAACAGGCACGACACCUGUUCGGCAAAGGGAAAAUACUGCGGUCGCUGAAUUUGGGAGGUUAUUUGCGAAGGAACAGGCGAAAGAGGAAGAGAAGAAGACUGCGCUGCCAUCUCCUCCUCCGGCUUCAGGCGAAGCAGCGGCGACAGAACGACCUAUCCAACCAGAAGCCGUACCCACGGAAUGUUUACUUUACGGUUACGCCGGCAAGCAAUCGGAAUGGAAGGUCUUGUCCAAAUUUGAAAAGAUCGUUUCCCCCGGUAUUAUUUGCGAAGAUUACCCACGAGAAGAUCCCAAUCUCUACCUAUCCUCUAACUCGCCGCUUGGCCUCUCGAGGGGUUCUGUGGUGGUCCAUCAGAAUCUGAGUCGCGAGGCAAUUAGAAAGAGCAGGAUAUAUUGUGGUGGAAAUCACUGGAUCAAGGUCACAUUCGACUCCUAUCAGGCUGCAGAGAGAGCAUGUUUCUAUAGUCCCAUCGACAUCGAUGGAUACAUGGUUCAUUGCGAGAUGUGGCACGGAAAAGGGCCUGCAGCAGAUGUUCCCUUACUCAAAGGUCCUGCCUUCGGACCAGACAAGUCAGACCUUCAACCGCCACAGCCGCAGCGACAGCCGGAUGACGGUCGAAGAGCGCGGACGUUAGUCUCAUCACAAUCUUCCCGUAUGCUAUCAGGCAAACAGUCGGCUAUUGCAGGCUUCGAGCGGGCACUACAGACUCUGCCUCGAUCUCAUACAAUGCCUGACAUGCAAUACGGUCAGCCUUUGAGCCGUGAAGAUGAACUACUUUCUAUCGAGUCCGCAACCGCUUCGUCAGCAACGGCCACCGCCACAGACUUGGCCCCUCUUCAGCCGUUAUCGUCUAAUGGUCUUCGCUCCCGCUCCGUCCCUCAACUACCAAGCGAGACAGGCCACCCCUUGGAAUCAGAUUACAUGACGCACAUUAAGAACGUGAAGAAAGUUGUUCUACGACCGAUGUCGGAAGCUCUUCCUCCGCAACCGACGUUUGUGGAGAGAGUUCUUAGGAGUAUUCCUAUUGUGUCGUAUUUCAUGGGUAGCACGAAGCAAGGAGCGACGGGAAGACGCGAUGUCAUAGGAGAGGGUCCACUGCUCAAGGAUGAUGGAAGCUGGGAUCCAGCUAAUGGCUGGUACUGGAGCUUCUGGCACGGCGUGGAUAGAUGGUUUGGGACGGAUUUCUGUGGGUUGAAGGACGAUUGA